CUGGAGGCGAGGGAGGCGAGAGAGGAGGAGCGGGGCGCGCAUGUCGCGGACAGCGGCGACGGCGAGCGCGCGCGGCGGAGGACGGCGCGCGAGUCCUCACUCGGCCUCACGCGGCCCGAGGCCCGCCGCCCGCCGCCCAGCGCUGACGCAACCCGCGCCGCCGCGCCCUCGCCCUCACCCUCACCCGCCACACACACCACCACCUCCCGGACCUCCACCCGGGCGGCACCACGACCACGGCUCAAUGUGACGAGCGGUCUACUUGGAGGGAACGAUCACGUGUGCCUGAACUUGGGGAUUCAAAUUCUUUAUUACUUCGCUAUCGUUUUAGCGACUGACUUAUCUUCAUCACAUUACAAGCCUUUUUAUUGUAAUUUUAGUUUGUAA